AAGCUUGCGGGAAUAGCGGGAAGGUUCCGCUGCAAGCGGGCGGGGCGGGUUACAGGACCUGACCGAAAUGACCUCGGCAGCGUCCAAGGAGGCAGCGGGCCUGGUUCGCGUAUCUCCUCUUGCGGGGCCAGGCAGUGCACUGCCUCCUGAGGACAUCUGCCCUCUGUACACCACCUUCUUCCAGUUUGAGGAGGAAAUGGAGGCGGAUUCUCAAUCAGUUCCAUCCCAGCCACCUGUCAGCUUCAAGGAUGUGGUUGUGAGAUUCACACGUGAGGAGUGGAGACAGCUAGACACAGUUCAGAGGACACUGUACCGCGACGUGACACUAGAGACAUGUGGCCACCUCGUCUCCCUGGGGCUUCUGCUCCCCAAUCUGGAUGUGAUCUCCCGCCUGGAGAAUGGUGAGGACCCAUGGAGGGCAGAGCAGGAACCUCCUAUCCGAGACUUGAUGACUACACUUGAAAAGAAAGAGUUACCUCCUGGAGAGGAUACUGCUGUGGAAGAGCUGUCCUUCCACGUAAAUAUGAAAUGCUGUGUAGAAAGCCCCUGGUCUGUGCAGGGUUGGAGGGACCAGCCAGGGGAACAACACAAUGAAUCUUUGAGUCAAAUUGUACUUACCUUGGAGGAGUUUGCGCAAGAGGAAUGUUGUGAACAUGACCUUGGGGGAGGUUGUCAGAGUGAAAGUCCUCUACCUCCAGCAUUACCUACAAAAACACCUUUCCACAAGCUUGACUCACAAGUUCAACAGUUGAAACAGAGUUCAGUUUUUGUCAAUCACUGGAAAGGCUGGACCAAUCAGAAGACCUGUGAAAAUCUUGCAAGUGCCAGAGCCUUCUCUCAGAACAUUCACUUGCAUAAACUUGCAGACGUUGAAAAGGAAGAUAAAAAGCCUCAUGAAUGUACUGUCAGAAGUGACUCUUUGAAAUAUGGUACUUCUAUUCAUUUCCAUAACAGAAUAUUUUCAUCAGAGAACAGUAAUGAUUGUAAGGCCAAUGGAAAUGUCAUUAACCAUAGCAUGUCUCUGAAUAAAAACCAACCAGUGCAUUUUGGAGAAAGUCAGUAUAAGUGUGAUGAACGCUUUGUGCAACCUGAAGUAAUUGUUGUAUAUCCUGGAUGUGAGGAGGAAUGCAGUGCCUUCUACAUGGCCUCAUCUUUUAGUGACUGUGACAUCAAUCAGACAAGAAAGAAGCCACAUGCAUGUAAUCUAUGUGGAAAAUCUGCCAGCUGUUGCUGUAAGCUUGUACACCAGAGAACACACACUGGAGAGAAGCCAUGUAAAUGCAAUCAUUGUGGUAAAGCCAUCUGUGGGAGCUUUUACCUUUCACAUCAGAGAAUUAACUUGGGCAAGAAUCCCUAUGAGUGUAGUGACUGUGGGAAAUCUUUUAGGCAGCAAUCACAGCUUGCUGUGCAUCAGAGAAUCCACACUGGAGAUAAACCUUAUAAAUGCAGUCAUUGUGGAAAAGCUUUCAGGUGGAGAUAUCUCCUCAUUGUGCAUCAGAGAAUACACACCGGAGAGAAGCCCUACCAGUGUAAUGUGUGUGUUAAAGCCUUCAGUGGUCGGUCUGCUCUUAGGAGACAUGAGAGAACACACACGGGUGGAAAACAUUUUGAAUGCAAUGAUUGUGAAAAGUUCUUUAACCGACAGAGUCACCUUACUAGGCAUCAGAGAAGUCAUACUGCAGGGAAACCUUAUUUUUGUGCUCAUUGUGGAAACUCUUUUAGCUGUAGCUCUGACUUUGUUGCGCAUAAAAGGAUUCACACUGGAGAGAAACCCUAUGAAUGUAACCACUGUGGGAAGUAUUUUUGGCAGCAAUCACAGCUUCUUGUACAUCAGCAAGCUCAUACUGGGGAGAGGAAAAUUUAUGAAUGCAGUCAUUGUGAAAAAGGUUUCAAGUGGAGAUCUCACCUCACUCUACAUCAGAGAACCCACACUGGAGAAAAGCCCUAUGAAUGCAUUGAAUGUGGGAAAGCCUUCAGUGAUGGGUCAUCUCUUAGAAAACAUAAGAGAACACACACUGGUGAAAAACCCUAUCACUGCAACCACUGUGGGAAAUCUUUUCGGCAGCAAUCACAGCUUGUUGUACACCAGCGAACCCAUACUGGAGAGAAACCUUAUGAAUGCAAUCACUGUGGAAAAGGUUUCAAGUGGAGAUCUCACCUCAUUCUACAUCAGAGAACCCACACUGGAGAAAAGCCCUAUGAAUGCAUUGAAUGUGGGAAAGCCUUCAGUGAUGGGUCAUCUCUUAGAAAACAUGAGAGAACACACACUGGUGAAAAACCCUAUCACUGUAACCACUGUGGGAAAUCUUUUCGGCAGCAAUCACAGCUUGUUGUACACCAGCGAACCCAUACUGGAGAGAAACCUUAUGAAUGCAGUCAUUGUGGAAAAGCUUUCAGCCAGAGAUCUAUCCUCACUGUUCAUGAGAGAACACACACUGGAGAAAAGCCCUAUAAGUGUAAAAUUUGUGUUAAAGCCUUCAGCCAGAGAUACCUCCUCAUUGUGCAUCAAAGAACACACACUGGAGAGAAGCCUUAUCAGUGUAACAUGUGCAUUAAAGCCUUUAGUGGUCGGUUAGCUCUUAGAAAGCACGAGAGAACGCACACAGGUGAGAAACCUGUUAAUGAAUGUAAUCAUUGUGAAAAGGCCUUUACUGGGCAGAGUCCCUGUAAUGGGCAUCAGAAAAUUCACACUGGAGAGAAACCAUAUUUUUGUGCUCAUUGUGGAAAGUUCUUCAGCAAUAACUCCUAUUUUUGUCACACAUAAAACUAUUCACACUGGAAAGAAACCCUAUGAAUGUUACUACUGUGGGAAAACUUUUUACACAGCUUGUGUAUCUGUGAAUUCAUCCUGGAGAGAAGAAAUCUUAUGAAUACAGUUAUUGUUGAAAGGUU